AUGUUUAAUGUUAAUUUAUGUAUUAUUAUAUGUGUACUAUUUCAAAUCAGAUCAUCUCACUCUAAAGGAGUUAUAAAACAAAACUUUAAUCUUCUAUUUAUCAAUAAUGUUAAAUACAAUACGAGUAACUUUUUUUUAUCAAAUUUAAACACUCAUGAAGUUAAAAAAGAGAAGAAGCCUAACCAGCAUUUAAAUGAUUACACACUAAAGGAUUAUUCUGUAUUAUAUGCAAGAGGCCGUAAAAAGGAGGACCCAAAACCAGAAAUAGAUAAAAAAACAAGUAAAUUAAAAAAUAGCCAAAAAACGGAAAAUGAAGUGGAUUUAAAAAGGGAAUUAGAAUCAAAGGAACAGGACUCCCAGGUGAGUGCCAAUGAUGUAAAGGAGGAGUUAGAAGAAUAUAAAGAAGAUGAAGAUGUUCUGUUAUCGAAUAGAAUGCUACACUCAAUAUUAAUGCUGACUUCGUCGGCAUACACACCGAACUUCUUUGAUAUAAUUCCAAUAUUAUAUACCAUAAAGGAUGAAGUGUUAAACAUAACAGGAAACAUUGGACAGGAAGAUAAAUCGGAGAGCAGGAAUACGAGUAAGAUGAAGAGAAUAAGCGGAAUAUUUCUGAAUAACGAUGAGGGGAAAGUGGAGAGACUGCUGUUGAGUAUCCCAUCGUCAGAACUAGAUAGACUGUCACAGUCGACUAAGUAUAAAACGGAAGUGGAAGAGUCAGAAACGCCAAUUCAAAUAAUAUCACUAAGAAGAGGAUUCUUCACAAAAGUAUAUGAACUGGUGGUGUGUCCGUAUUUAUCGCAACUGUCAGAAGAAGGAUUUGACACAAAGUAUAAAGGAAAGCUCGGAUUCAUGGAUUACGUUAAGUCAAUGAAAGAUAAAGAUAAGAGCUACAAAAAGUAUGAUGAAUCGCAACUAUAUAGGUUUAGCAUAGAGGAGUUAGAUGAAGUGUUCAAGAACUACAGCCUAGCAAGUGAAAAGGAGUUUGACACGAGCGUAUUCCCAGAAAAAAUGCUGGCCUCAAUAUCAGAAAUAGCUAAGUGCAUAAAGGACUUGGUGUAUUUUAACUCGUGCCUACUGCUGCUGCAGCAGAUACUGGGAAGGAAGCCUAAUGACCUGGAAAUAUUGUACUCGUUCGUGCCAGAAUAUAAGAACGAGGGCGAAGAGGAGGAAGAACAAGGAAGGUCAGAAGAUAACGCGCUGAGGAAUAAGUUGGUGGACGUAAUUAACUACAGCGAAUCGGAGAUAGGCCAUAGAGUGGAUGCAUUCUUCACACCCUUUGUGGAGCUGGUGUUGAUCAACUUUAAGAAGAAGCUGAAGAGUAAGAGCAGAUACUAUAGAAUGAUGCUCAAGUGCCUGCCGGACGGAAUAUCAGCAAUGAGAACGAGAAUGUUCGUGGUACACCCGAGAAUAAUGAAGGCGCUGAAGAAAAACUUCAUGCUACACCUGUUUAAAAUAUGCCACAACGAAGUUAAGACGUCAGCACUGAGAAACAGUCUGCCACUGCACCUGCCACUGGGAACAUUUAGGCUGGCAAGAAAGGCACUGAAGCUGCGAAAGUACCUGAGUGACGUGAAAAAGGCACUGAUACUUGAGUAUAAAAAUGACCCAGGAGGACACAGGAAAGUGGACCUAGAGAAGUUCGUUAAGGAUUUGGUGGAGAAGAAGAAGAACAGCGAGCUGGAAUUUGAUAUUCAAACCUACGAAGAGUACGUGACGAGGAUCCUGGAGCUGGAAAGGGAGUACGAAAGAAGGAAAGGACACAAGGAAACAAAUCAGUAUAUGAAGCGCCAGCAACAACAGAAGCUACUGCAAGACACAGCAGCAAAAAUACUGAACGUGACAGUGGAGAGGGUAGCAGAAGCAAUUGACGCGUACAAAACUAAGGAAGUAACAGCGACGCAGAAGAUCCCGAGGCACAUGAGGAGAAGAAGAGGAGUCACGACUAGCGACCAGGCAGUGUCGCCAUUCUACGGAGACCUGAAGGAAGAUCCGAUUUACAACGAAGACUACGCAGACGAAUACGAAGAGGAGGAGGAGUACAAGAGGAUGAUGCGGAAGGUGGCAAUGGAGGCGCUCGACGACAGACUGGGGAGGCUGCUCUUCAUGUCGCACAACAAGCUGCUGCUGGACGACAAGCCGGACUACGACGAGGUGAUAGAGCACCUUAAGAUCCCGAGGAAGACGGCGGACUUCAUACUGUUCACGGCGACGCUGCAGUGCAGGGAGUACGAGGUGUGGCGCAUUAAGCUGAGUCUGCCAGACUACCACGUCCCGAGGCCGACGAGCAGAGUGGAAGGGGUGGCGCAGAGACCAGAACGCGCUGGCGCCGCGGUGUCUAACCCACGCCUGAACGAGCCAGUCUACGUGUCGGACUUUAACUACGAUCCCAGCAUCCUAUUCCCACCGCACAAGCCGAAAAAGGGAAAGCGUGACAUGUUCAGAAGAAUGAACGCAAUCAGGCCAAACCUGAGCAGUGUGAAGGAGCUGCUUCUGAACUACAAAAGAAACUUCAAGGAGUACGAAAAGAUACUGGAGAGGAGUCCGCUGAACGCGCCAGUAAUAUACUCUCAUUGUUCACCAGCAUUAUAUGGAUAG